AUGGGAAAGAGGUAUGGAAAAGAGGAUGGGAGAGUGGAGGAUGGGAGAGUGGAGGAUGGGAGAGUGGAGGAUGGGAGAGUGGAGGAUGGGAGAGUAGGGGAUGGGAGAGUGGAGGAUAGGAGAGUGGAGGAUGGGAGAGUGGGGGAUGGGAGAGUAGGGGAUGGGAGAGUGGAGGAUAGGAGAGUGGAGGAUGGGAGAGUGGAGGAUGGGAGAGUGGAGGAUGGGAGAGUGGAGGAUGGGAGAGUGGAGGAUGGGAGAGUAGGGGAUGGGAGAGUGGAGGAUAGGAGAGUGGAGGAUGGGAGAGUGGGGGAUGGGAGAGUAGGGGAUGGGAGAGUGGAGGAUAGGAGAGUGGAGGAUGGGAGAGUGGAGGAUGGGAGAGUGGAGGAUGGGAGAGUGUGGAGGAUGGGAGAGUGUGGAGGAUGGGAGAGUAGGGGAUGGGAGAGUGGAGGAUGGAGAAUGUGGAGGAUGGGAGAGUGUGGAGUAUGGGAGUGUGGAUGA